UUUUACUAUUACUAUGAAUAUGGGGGUCAGACUUCAGAGUGCAAAUGCCUAAUUAAUUAGUAAUAGUAUAUAUAUAAUAAUAAUAAUGGAGUAAGAAGAUUGAUGAUAGUGUGUGGGCAUUUAAUGCAUUUGGUUUACCCACCAUCUCUAUCCCUACUCCAUCUUCUUUGUCAAUCUCGAAGAUAUUACAUAUAUAGUAAGAGCACUAACUACUAUAAUUGUGUCGGCGCUACCUAGCUCUGAUGAUGCGGCUGGAAUUGGAAUUGGAUUGCCCCUCUCCGCCUGCAGCUCCUCAUGCUCUGGAUCAUGUCCUCAAUAUGUCUCCCACACCAGUAGAACCACAUAACCAUCACUCUUCUUUUUGCUGCAACUCCAAUCAUACUCCCAAAUUCCAGCGCAACUGUGUUUCCUUGCAGUCUUCCAUGGAAUUGAUGAAAGAAAUUACUACUCUCGAAAUUGAGAUAAUGCGUUUGGAACGAUAUCUACUCUCACUUUAUCGGACAGCUUUUCAGCAAAAUCUCCCACUUCUAUUGGAAAAUCAGAAAAUCCAUUCACAGGGCAAGAUAAGCUCCCCUACCCAGUGUACAACAGACCAAUCAUACUCCGAUGUAGAAAUAGAUACGUCAAUAUGUGGUGCGGACCAAUAUGAUCGAAUCUCCGCUGCACAUGCUUUGACUGGUGUAAGUGAUAAGAUUCAGACUGCCAACAAGUCGUCGUCUAUAAGGGAAAAGUUAACUGAUUCUGCUCACCGUAGCCUUGCGGAUCAUCUCACUGCCUCUCGCAUGGAUGACGUUCUUAGUUAUCCUGAUAGGCUGUCUGAAGAAAUAGUCAAAUGCAUAUCUUGUAUAUACUGCAAAUUUGCCAAUCCCAAAAUUCUUGCUACAAAGGGAUUAUCAGUUUCUUCUACUUCGUCAUUAUCAUCAUCAAGCACAUUUUCUCCGAGAAAUCUUUCAGGCAGCUGGAGCUCACAUCACAAUGAGGAGAGCACUGAGCAGUAUGAAUUUGAAGUCUGUAAAGAUGACAACAGACCAUAUUCUACAAUGAUAGAAAUUUUGAAGAUAUGUCUAGAUGAUGAUAGUUUCAAUUAUGCCACAACAAUGCUGCAUAAGUUCAGGUCACUGGUUAAGAGCCUUGAAAAGGUUGAUCCAAGAAACAUGAGGCGUGAAGAAAAGUUAACAUUCUGGAUUAAUAUUCACAAUGCCCUGGUGAUGCAUGCUUAUUUAGCCUAUGGAACUCAAAAUUCUGUCAGAAGUUCUUCAAUCUUGAAGGCAGCUUAUAAUGUGGGUGGCCAUUGCGUAAAUGCUUAUGUCAUACAGAGCUCCAUAUUAGGGAUACUACCACACUAUUCUGCACCGUGGCUACGGACGCUCUUUUCUCCAGGAAAAAAGUUUGCGACAGGAAAUUGUAGACAUACCUAUGCGAUUGAGUACCCUGAGCCACUUGUUCACUUUGCAUUGUCUUUGGGUGCAUCUUCUGAUCCCUCGAUUCAGGUUUACACAGCGAAAAACGUAUUUCAGGAUCUUAAAGUAGCUAAAGAGGAGUUUAUACGGGCUACAGUUUGCAUUAACAAGGACAAAAGGAUUUAUCUGCCUAAAAUCAUAUGCUAUUUUGCAAAAGAUAUGUCCCUGAGCACGGAUGAAGUAGUUGAAACUGUCAUGGGAUCUCUACCAGAAACUCAGAUGAAACUAGUCAGAUCCUGCAUGGAGUACAGAGCUGAUAAGUUAAUUUAUUGGUUACCACAAAGUUGUACGUUUAGAUAUUUGAUCCAGAAACAAGUAAUCCAAGGGAGAUUAUCUAUUUAACUGUCAAUAUUAGUUAGACGUGCUUAUAUAUAUAAUAAUAAUAUUUCUCUCAUUUAAUUGCGAAGUCAUGUAAGCAUCAUUAUAUAUACUGUUGGUGUAAUACACACCAACAUAGACUCUGUUGGGAUGUUCAGUAAGUUUAAAGUGAGAGGUGCAUGGUUGUAUCGUUCGGAAUUAUUCCUUAUUAUAUAUAGAAGCGGCUUAGAAGCAGUUGAGCGUUGUCUUGCCAGCUUGCUUUCAAGGGCUAUUUUCGUCAUUCAAUCAUCAUCUGACACAUGUUGAAUCCUUAAGGCAACUGUCGCGUUUCUCUAACUUUGCACACGUUGUAUAGUGUUUUGGUUUUGCCUGCUUCUCAGAACUUCUUCAUCAUCUCAGUCUUCGAUCUCUUACCGCCGUUUUGUGCUAAUUUAUAGAAGCAGCUUGGAAGAGAUUUCUUCCCAGUACCAAAAGUUCCAGCUUCUGCUUUGUGCCGCAGAGGUUAGUUUGCAUUGUGGGAAUAAUUUCAAGUGCAUUGUGCAUGCAAAAAGUGCUCUAGAGAUGCAGCUUCCAGAUAACUACCUCUUCUUUGCACACUUGCUACUGUGUCGUGCCUAUGCUGUCGAAGAUAAUUAUUCAGGGCUUCAUGAAGAGUACAUAAGGUGCUUGGAGCACAAAACUGAUAAUCAUAUUGGUUGGAUUUGUCUUAAGUUUCUUGAAAGUCGAUACAAACUGCAGUCAGAUUCCAGUUCACUAGCCUUGGCCUUCAAGAGUGUGGCAAAGAAAUAAAAACUUCGUGGAACAUGUGGAUUGCUAUGUAUAAUUUGGUUCAAGGUCUAACUGCAGUUUGGAAUGGGGAAUUUAUUGAUGCAGAAGAGUCCCUUGCGCAAGCUUGCUUGUUGGCUGGUGGCGAGAGUUGCCUUUUUCUUAGCCAUGGUGUUAUUUGCAUGGAGAUUGCCAGGCAGCAGUCCGAUUCAGAUUUUUUAUCACUUGCUAUUAGAAGUCUGAAGAAAG